GACGGUGGCGAUGGAUAAAUUAUUUCACUGUACACUACCUCAUGAAGUCAACCUUAAUGGUUACACACAUCUAGAAUAUAAAAAAUUUCUGCCAAGUACAUGAAUAUUAAUAAUCACGAUUUAAUUAAAUGAAUAAAACCAUAUAUAAUAUAAAUCCUAAGCACACCACCUCACAUGUUCAUGUUCAACUCUUCAAGUCUCAACAUACAAUUCUAAUUCAACCGAAGAAAACCCAUUUGACUACUUUUCUCUGCAUCAUCAAACAAACACACUUUUGCAUCUGGGUUUCUCUAUCUUGAUCUGAUUUUACCAGGACCAUUUGAUCAAAUCAAUGGGAACUAUGCUUUUUUGAUGAUGAUCAUGGUGUGUUCAGAGAAAGUGUGCAGAAGAAGAGAUCAGUGAGAGCAUUCUUUGGAGGGAACUGUUUCAAACGGUCUUGAUUGCUGAGCUUCAACAGUGUUCAAAUUCAAAUCCAACCAUUAAGGGUAUUGCUUUAAAGCAAUCCUAGACUGUUCAGCCGUUUUUUGGCUUCAGAUUUUGUCCAUUUUUUUUUCUUCUGUUGUUUUCUCUCUGCACCUCCAAAACCCAGUUUUGAAAUUGAUUUAUACAUACCAUUUUUUUGCAGCAUUACUCUUUUAACAGUUCUGCCAAGUAUUGAAACCCCAAAAGAAUGGACAAUUCAUCAAAUUCUGAGGAGAAUUAUGAUCUGGGUUAUCAACCAUCUCAAUCUUCAAUGGAUCAAACUGAUCAAUCAACCAAAGAGACUCCAGGGAACUCCACGAUCAGUGGCGGGUCAUUCACUUACAGUCGAACUUUCUCAGAGACCUCUGCCUCCUCUGAAGCCAUUGAUGACAGUAGCUACUCCAGUACUGAACCAUCUCCUUCUUUCUGCCCAGUCACCAACUCCUGUAAUAAGGUUGUUUUCAGCAGACUUGGAAUGAAGCCGCACCACAAGAGGGGUGCGGAUGACAAGCUUGAUGAUCAAGAACCAGUAGAUUUAGAGCUGGAGAUGAUGAAGGAAAGAUUUGCAAAGCUUUUGUUGGGUGAAGACAUGUCAAGAAGCGGGAAAGGGGUUUGCACUGCUGUUACCAUCUCCAACGCCAAAACCAAUCUCUAUGCAACUGUAGUUGGACAGAAUUUGAGGUUAGAGCCUUUGAAUCCUGAGAAGAAGGCAAUGUGGAAAAGAGAAAUGGAAUGUCUUCUAUCCGUGUGUGAGUACAUUGUAGAAUUCAUCCCCAGCAGGUUGCAGAAUCUACCGGACGGAACAGCCGUUGAGGUAAUGGAAGGCAGACUGAGGUCAGAUAUAUACAUAAACCUGCCAGCAUUGAAAAAGCUUGAUGCACUGCUCCUGGAAGUUCUGGAUAGUUUCCAGGAUACAGAAUUCUGGUAUGAAGAACAAGGAAGCAUGUCAUCAAAGUUGACACUUGCAGGCUCAUUCCAGAAAAUAGUUGUUCAGCGGAAAGAGGAGAAAUGGUGGUUGCCAGUUGCAUGUGUUCCUCCGGAUGGCCUUUCUGAGAAGUCCCGGAAACAUUUGAGAAAUAAACGCGACUGUGCAAAUCAGAUUCACAAAGCAGCAAUGGCCAUCAACAGUAGUAUUCUAUAUGAGAUGGAAAUUCCAGAGACAUACAUAGCAUCUCUUCCAAAGAGUGGUAAAGCAUGUCUGGGAGAUUCAAUCCACCGCUAUAUGUGUACUACAGAUAAGUUCUCGCCCGACAAUCUUCUUGACUAUCUUAAUAUAACAUCAGAACAUGAAGCACUUGAGCUUGCAGACCGUGUGGAAGCUUCAAUGUAUACAUGGAGACAUAAAGCAUGCAUGAGUCAUUCAAAAUCAUCGUGGGAUAUGGUGAAGGAUCUAAUGUCUGACAUUGAUAGGACCGACAAAAAUCAUGUCCUAGCUUUAAGAGCAGAGAGCUUGUUAUUUUGCUUGAAGCAGAGGUAUCCCGAACUUUCACAGACAUCCUUGGACACAUGCAAGAUUCAAUGCAAUAGAGAUGUGGGGCAAGCUAUCUUGGAGAGCUACUCAAGAGUCUUGGAAGGCUUAGCAUUCAACAUUGUUGCUUGGAUCAAAGACGUUCUAGAUGUGGACAGAUCAAUGAGAAACCAAGAAAAAUAGCAGAAGAAAGAUAAUUUAAAGCCAUCAGAAGUGGAUUUCCUCAAUCCUGGACCUCUUCUUCGACCACGACACUGCAAAUUUUUGUUGAUUGAUGAACCUAAGAAAAUAAUUUUCUUGUUCCAUCUGUAUCUAAACCAAUUAGUUUCAUGUUUCCCAUGUUAAAAAAAUUAUUUUCAUGAGGAUUCAGAAAGCUUGAUAAUUAUUGUAAGUUACUAAAC